AAAGUUGGCCAUGACAAACCGUAUGAAAAAAUGAAGUAUAAAAUAUUGUCAAUUUAGUUGACGCUGAUUAUGGAUAAGUCAAGAACAAGCAAAUCUAAUAUUAUUUUAAAAGAAGUAACUCCCCCAAAAAAGAAGAAAUAUGGCCGAGGAUAUUAUGCCGAACUGCUGACAAAUUUAAAUACUGCCGAACUACAAAAAAGAAAUUUUCCAGGCAGCCAUAAGAAGACUAGCCUUAUUUGGCAAGCAAGAACAGAAAGACAUGCGCCCAUUUUCAUGGAGCUGGUGGCGCCAGGACAAAGAGUUGCUUUGGCACCGGCCGAGAGAUGGAUGACUUUUGAAGCAGAUAAAGAUGUGGCAUUUCCAGUAAAUACAUUUAAGCCAAAGGUUCAGCAUCAGCAUGAAGUAGACCCGAAAACACUACCAAGGAAUGUAGCUAUAGAGCGCAGGAGAAGGCAGUACCAGUGGGAAACUCUGCCACAAGUUCUGGAAAGAAUGAAUAUUAAAAAUCGCGACUUACUGCCCAUCGACGUACUUUACGAAAAUUUCCCAUCCGCAUCUGAUAGAUAUGGACUGUACUCUUGGAUACCGUUUCUUCCACUUGAAUUAUUUGAUAAUGAAGAAUAUAUGGUGAGAACUGCCGAGAACUGGAUAGAACACGGCGUAAUAGAUGGCAUAAGGCACCCGUUACCCGGAACCGCGUUUGUCCCAAACGAAAAUUUGACGGAUAAAAAUAGGGAAGCUUUCAGUUUAGACGAACUGUACCACUGGGUCGACGUUGCCAUUAGCGACUAUAAUUACGAGACCAAAUGCUGGCACGUGACAACCUUGGACGGGUUCAAACGUACGUUCGAGCUGCCGAAAGUGUACCUCACGUUCAAGGCGGAAGAUCCGGUGCAUUUUGGCGAUAGGAUUAUAGCUGCGAUCAAUUUGAGAAAGAAAACUGAAGAAAUUAUAAGGUGUGAAUUUUUCAUUGACUGCAUGCCCCUUACUGGAACACCUACAAUGAGCGAUGAAAUGCUGAAUAGAAUUAUUGAAAAAGUGAGAAAAACUCGCGUUGGGAAAAAUAUGUAUUAUUUCGAUUAUUUUCAAACAUUGAAGCAAGAAUUGUUGUUGAGUCACCAGAGGACAAUAGGAGAGUUAGAUUUUCGAGGAAGCCAAUCAGUGAACGAUUAUAAUUUUUUCGACAUAGAGAAGUGCACUAUGGCUUUAAACUACAAAGUCAUUGACACGGGCCAAAGUAAGGCAGAUUUUAUUAACAAGAAAAAUUACUUUGCUUGGUACACUAUUUACAUGGUUCCCGAAACGCACCUGGCAAUGUCGUACGUAGCAGGAGAAUGUAUUAAAAUGGGCCAGAUGUCGUUAUUUUCCACCACUUUUGGGGCGAAAUACAUUACUUUGGAAGAAUUUAGCACAGUACAAAAUCAAACAUCGAGUAUCGCUUUAAAACAACUGAAGACGACCUGGCUGGAGACUUUAGUCUUUAAUAUUCGAAUGUGCAUUGGAGACUUGGGUAAGGGAUGGUUCGAUAUAAACGAGCGAAUAUACGAGGUGUACGAAAUAUCCAAACUAAAUCGAUUCAUGGAGUUGGUAAAAUACCGAAUGCAGUACACGCUAAGAUUGCUAGUGGAGAAUUCAAUAGAACUAUUUAUAAAUUUGGUAGAGUCACCCUGUAUUCCCUGUCUAGGUUGCGAAGAGGAUUUUGUUUGGGGAUCCGACCUCAUAACCAGCCCUUUUAUAUCCCAUGCAAUGCCCAUUUUUAAUUUACAGCUUAAAAUGGACGAAAACGGUGCUUAUUAUACUACAUCACCCGAAUAUUUUGCGGUAGUUCUUCUGAAGUUGUUCGACGAAGCUUUAAUACAAACACAUCAAGUCCGACAAGUGCACCCAUUAUUGUUGUCAAAUUUAAGCUUUCCGCCGGAUCUGUACCUGUCAUCGGUCGGACUUUUGGCCGACGAAGUUUGUCAAGUGAGGGACAGGUUUUUGUUGGCGUACGAAAAAGCUAUCAUACCUCUUAAGGCAUAUGCCAAAGAGUUCGAAGCACAUGUAAAUUUGUACGUGUUAGAUAUACCCGAAUUUAUUUCAAAUUAUGAAUCUGAGCAAAAAACAGCUGCCGAUUUUAAGGAAGAUAUAUCACAACAGUACCGAUUGAAAAGGAGUCUAGAAGAAACUUUGCCUAAUGUUAUAUUCAUUGGCCCGUUUUAUGUUACUGUCGACUUCUUAAGAUUAUUUUUAAUCAACAAACGUCAAGAUAUUAUUAAUAAAUUGCUUGACUUAUUUGCUUUGAAAAUGAAAAUAUGUAUCGAGGAUUUGCUGCAAGAUUUUAAAAAUAUUAUGACCAAGUUAAGUGUGAAGCCUGAAAACAUUGAGCACAUUUUUGAGAUAAGAGACUGGAUGGAAACCGUACCACUGACUGUCAAAUCUUUAGAAGAAAAUUGUAAAAGAUAUUUGUUGGAAUAUGAGGUCCUGGACCAUUUCUGGUAUGCUCUGCAAAACGAAGACUUCGACAACAAAUGGGAAGCUAUCGGUUGGCCCCUGAAAGUUACUCAACAAAUUGAAGCUACCGAGGUCUUUUUAAAGGAAGAAGAAGAUAGAUAUUACAAAUUGCAAAUGAACGACGAGUUUACAUUAAAUGACAGAAUUGAAACUUUGACUUCUCAAGUUGUUAAUAUGUCAGGAUACAAAGAUAUAAGUAGGACUCACGAGUAUGCUUUGGAAAUACGCAAAGUUUGGAAGACCAUGAAAGAGGCACAGGAAUUCGGGCAGUUACUCAACCAGAGGCAGAAGCUAUUUGGGGCCCCGGUUGUGCCUUUCGACAACCUAACCAAAUUAAUCAAGGAAUUUGAGCCCUAUAAAAAUUUAUGGACUACCGCCUCAGAUAAAAAAACGAGACUUGAUUGGAUGCGCGCUUAUGAAAUGUGGAUGGAUAAUCCCAUUAUAAAUGUGGACGCGGACACAGUGGAUGUAACAGUAAACGACAUGUACAAAAUGAUGGUUCGUCUUACCAGAGUAUUUGCUGACAUGGAAACGGUUCAAGGCGUUGCCAUUGCUAUUCGAAAUCAAAUUGAUGAAUUUAAACCGCUUAUUCCGCUAUUGCAAUGUAUAAGAAAUCCCGGAAUGCGACAGAGACACUGGGAUGAAUUUGCCGAGAAAACAGAUAUACAAUUGGUCUGGUCCACCACAAUUACUUUCCACGACGUUUUGGCCUUGGGGGUAGAACAAUAUAUCGAUGAAAUUAAAAGCAUAGCGGAAGCGGCCACCAAAGAGUACAGCAUCGAGCAAACUUUGGAUAAAAUGUUGGCUCAAUGGGAGGAUAACCGUUUGGAGCUAACAGCAUAUAAAGAUACAGGAACCUACAUAAUGAAGAUAUCUGAAGAGCAACAACAAAUGCUAGAUGAUCACAUCGUAAUGACUCAGCAAAUUUCGUUCAGCCCUUUUAAAGGGCCUUUUGAGGAUAAGAUUACUGAGUGGGAGGAGAAACUAAAAAUUACAGCCGAAGUGAUCGAGGAGUGGAUGGAUGUCCAAAAGCAGUGGAUGUACAUGGAACCAAUUUUCAGCAGUGAGGAUAUCACUAAGCAGCUUCCGGCUGAAAGUAAAAAAUACAAAACAAUGGAAAGAACAUGGAAGCGAAUUAUGAGAAACGCCCUGGACAUACCAAAUAUUAUUGAAUAUUGUGGUGAUAGAAGACUAUUAGAGAGCCUUAAGGACGCUAAUCAUGUACUCCAAGUUAUUCAAAAAGGCCUGUCCGAAUACUUGGAAAUUAAGAGGGUUACAUUUCCGAGAUUAUACUUCCUUAGCGAUGACGAAUUGUUGGAGAUUCUCUCUCAAGCACGCAACCCUUUAGCUGUCCAACCUCAUCUGAGAAAGUGUUUCGAGAAUAUAUCCAGGCUGACUUUCGAAGAAGAUCUAAAAAUUACAGAAAUGUUUUCUGCUGAAGAAGAAUGUGUAGCUUUAAACCCAACCUUAUAUCCGACGGGAAAUGUUGAACACUGGAUGCUAGUGGUCGAAGAUUCCAUGAGAAACACUAUAAGAACUAUAUUGGGAGAGAGUUUAAAAGAAAUAUAUGAAAAAGAGAGAAAAGAAUGGGUUCUGUGUUGGCCUGGUCAAGUUGUCAUCGCAUGCAGUCAAGCAUUUUGGACAGCAGGCGUGGAAAAAGGAAUUGCUGACAACGCUUUAGACACUUUCCUCGAAGACGUUGUUAUAAUAAAUUUAGACGCAUUGAGAGGUUUAGUUAAAGGAAAUUUGACAUUUCUGCAAAGGGAAAUUCUAUCUGCACUGAUUGUAAUAGAAGUGCACUCUCGAGAUGUAACUCAGAAUUUGGUAAAUUUGAAUAUUGUGAAUGUGAAUGAUUUUGAUUGGAUAAGUCAGCUCAGAUACUACUGGAUCCAAGAUCAAAUGAAGGUGAGAGCUGUGAACGCUGAAUUUCCGUAUGGUUAUGAAUAUUUAGGAAAUAGUGGCAGAUUAGUUAUAACACCGCUGACCGAUCGAUGUUACCUUACCUUAACAGGAGCACUUCAUCUGAAGUUUGGUGGAGCUCCAGCAGGCCCAGCAGGCACUGGAAAAACAGAAACAACAAAAGAUUUGGCCAAAGCCUUUGCCGUCCAGUGUGUUGUUUUCAACUGCUCAGAUCAGUUAGAUUUUAUGGCCAUGGGCAAAUUUUUUAAGGGUCUAGCUAGCUCCGGGGCGUGGGCCUGUUUUGAUGAGUUUAACCGAAUCGAUAUUGAGGUGUUAUCGGUAGUAGCCCAGCAGAUAACAACAAUUCAAAAAGCGCAACAGUCAAGAUUGGAUAGGUUUAUUUUUGAAGGGUGCGAUAUAGUUUUGAAGGAGUCAUGUGCUGUUUUCAUUACUAUGAAUCCAGGUUAUGCUGGUAGAACAGAACUUCCUGACAAUUUAAAAGCCUUAUUUAGGCCGGUGUCUAUGAUGGUGCCCGAUUAUAGUUUAAUAGCAGAAAUAUCCCUUUUUUCGUUUGGUUUUAGUAACGCUCGGCAGUUGGCUAACAAAAUUACUACCACAUUUAAGUUGAGCUCCGAACAACUGAGUUCUCAGGACCAUUACGAUUUUGGAAUGAGAGCAGUUAAGACCGUUAUAUCUGUGGCUGGAAAUCUUAAAAGAGAAAAUCCUGAUAUGGACGAACGUCAGAUAUGCUUAAGAGCGUUAAGGGAUGUGAAUGUUCCCAAAUUCCUUAAAGACGACCUUAAAUUAUUCAAUGGUAUUGUUUCUGACUUAUUCCCGAGAAUGGUGGAGCAAGCUGUUGAUUAUGGAGCUUUGGAGUUGGCCAUUAGAGAUUCUUGUAUAGCUAAUAAAUUGGAAGAUGUAAACGAGUUCGUGAGAAAAGUAAUACAACUAUACGAAACAACAAUUGUACGACAUGGUCUGAUGUUGGUAGGUCCAACAGGGUCAGGAAAAACAAAGGUAGGUGACUUUAUAAUUGCCACAUGUUCUUAAGAGAAUCCAGUA